CGUCUCUGAUUGGUCUACUCUCUCCAUCCUCUUAAAAAAUUCCAUUUCUCCAAUUUCUUAGGUUUUCUCCUCUCCGUUCUCUAUCUCUUUCUUGUUCGUUCGACGGUCGGUAGUUUCUCCGGAUAAAUUUUAACUUUCCGAUAAGAUUACCGACCGUAACGACUUUAUUUUUCUUUGUAUUUUCCAAGUUUUCCGAUCGGUUCUCGCCGUUGACCUCAUUUCUCCAUUCACUUUUUGUGCUUCCUGCGGCCAACAGCUCCCGAUUUAUUUUCUGGCGCGAUUGGGGGGUUAACUCAUAAUAUUUUGAACAAUCUCUCUCUCUGAGGUCGGAGAAGCGAGUUUCAAUAAUUUUUCAACAGGAAAAAUAGAAAAUAUAAAAGAAAGGAAGAACAGAAAUUCGACGUUGAAGAGGAAUCGAUAAACUUCAGGUCUUAUCUGAGAUUGUUCAAACCAUCGGGAAGAAAUGAAUAGUCAAGGCGGUCCUUCUAGAAGAAGUAUGUCCUUCACAAACAUAUCAACUCAGAACAAGAAGAAAACCAUUGAGAACGGAAUCUCGGAUACACCGCGGAAGUCUCUUUCAUCUUCUCGUUCAUUACAACUCACUGGUGAGCGUACGGUAAAACGAUUGCGGCUGUCAAGAGCACUGACAGUUCCUGAAAGUACUACCAUCUCUGAGGCUUGUCGUCGGAUGGCUGCUCGUAGAGUUGAUGCUUUGUUACUAACUGAUUCAAAUGCAUUACUUUGCGGAAUCCUCACAGACAAGGAUAUAGCAACAAGGGUUAUUGCAUGUGGAGUUAAUCUCGAAGAAACACCCGUGUCCAAAGUUAUGACGAGGAAUCCAGUUUUUGUUCUUUCUGAUACCUUAGCUGUGGAAGCUCUCCAGAAGAUGGUUCAUGGAAAAUUUAGACACUUGCCUGUAGUUGAGAACGGGGAGGUCAUUGCAUUACUUGAUAUUGCAAAAUGUUUAUAUGAUGCUAUUGCACGAAUGGAAAGGGCAGCUGAAAAGGGAAAGGCCAUUGCAGCAGCAGUUGAAGGUGUUGAAAAAAGUUGGGGAACAUCUGUUUCUGGACCUAAUACAUUUAUCGAGACACUCCGAGAGCGUAUGUUCAGACCAUCUCUGUCUACUAUAAUCCCAGAGAAUCUAAAGAUUGUUACAGUUCUUCCGACAGAAACAGUUUUGGUGGCUACGAAAAAAAUGCUUGAACUUCGAGUGAGUUCUGCAGUUGUUACAGUUGAUAACAAGCCACAAGGAAUUCUCACGUCGAAAGAUAUUUUGAUGCGAUUAAUAGCACAAAAUCUUCCACCAGAAUCCACACUUGUAGAGAAGGUCAUGACCCCAAAUCCGGAAUGUGCGUCAAUUGAUACACCAAUAGUUGACGCACUGCACACUAUGCAUGAUGGAAAAUUCUUGCAUCUUCCAGUGAUGGAUAGAGAUGGAAGUGUUGUUGCUGUAGUUGAUGUAAUACAUAUCACCCAUGCUGCCGUUGCUACGGUUGGAAAUGCAUCUGGAGUUACCAAUGAGGCUGCAAGUUCUAUGAUGCAGAAAUUUUGGGAUUCUGCCAUGGCUUUGUCGCCCCAUGAUGACGAUGAUGAAAUGCGUAGUGAAGGUUCAUUGAAAUUGGCUUCUGAUGGAACGGAGGCUGGAAGAACCCUUACCUUUCCGUCAUCUGGAAUGCCAAAUACUUUUUCUUUCAAACUUGAAGAUAGGAAGGGCCGGAUGCAUCGAUUUUCUUGUGAUACUCGGAGUUUAACAGAUGUUAUAACGGCAAUCCUUCAGAGAGUCGGUGAUGAUAUUGACCGCAACAAAUUGCCUCAGAUUUUGUACGAAGAUGAAGACCGCGACAAAGUUGUUCUUGCAUCAGACAGUGACCUUGUAGCAGCUGUCGAACACGCAAGGUUGGCUGGGUGGAAGGGUCUGAGAUUGCAUUUAGAAUACCCGGGAAGUCGUGGUCAUAAAAGGAGUUCUGGUGCGGGAAAUUUGGAUUAUGCUCAAUCAGACGCAUGGGCGUCGGCGUACAGUGCAGUUGCAGCUGGAGCCGCCCUUGUUGCCGGAUUAGGCGUGUUAGCAUACUUGAGAAGAUCUGGUAAUUAAUUUAAUGAAGUCACAUACGCAUAUUGUUAUAUCACCGACUUUAGUCCGAGUAACCUCUGAAAUUGGGGGCCCUUAUUGGAACCGCUGGUCGGAAGAGCAUCGGUGCUUGUGCUUAUAAUCUGUUUUGGUUGAAAAAUAGUCAUAUUUAUGAAGAAAAGUUGAAUAAUUUUGGGAUUGUUGAUUUGGUGCAUGAAAGAAAUGCAUUCCGAGAAUUGACGUUGUGUUUAUGUUUC